CCAAGGUAGGACCGCGCAAGCCAGAUGGGAGGCGUCAGGAUCGAGAAUCGGGGUACUUAUCUUGCUAGUAUUAUGCAUUCGAAGGCAGUCUUCGACAAGAUGCCCCGCCCAAGCGUUGGAGGAACAGAGACAGCGAUUGCUGAUGCGUGCGUCGCUUGUCUUGCCGCCGAACUUGCAUGUUCUCCCUUCGUCGAAAAUCGGUACCCAAGCCCACCCACCACGACCUUUAGAUCGAACACGCCAAACCCAAGUUCAGUACUCGCAGAGGCUGUCCAUCAUCCAUCAUGAAUCCUACGACCGGUUACCCAGAGACCUCGAUUAUCGCCCCAUCGCCCCUCGAGUACUACUACAGCGAUGACCCUCAGCCACCACUGUCCUGGAACCCCUUCCUCGACCCAGUCGCCGCCGCCGACAAUCCAUCGGGCCACCCAUACCACCAAGCAUCGGCAUCCAUCAACCGAGCAGAUGUCUCGACCGCACUCCUAGGGGAUGAGCACCAACAGCUAGCCGGGCUCCCGCCGAACCCCUUUUCGCUUCCCCCAGGGGAGAUCGUAACCGACGGCCCCGAUGUGGGAUUCCAUCAAUCCCGGAUAGAAUCCCAACCGCCGCUAUGGCACCACUACCCCCGAGUCGACGGCUCCCAUCUGCCAGGCUCCAUGCCAUCAGAUCCGGCCGCAAUGAUACCUAACUCAUACUAUCAGCCACCGAGCCAGACGCACGCGCAGUCGACACAAGAGGAUGAAGAAUACGUUAGCUUUAACACUACAUCCAGAGAUGUAGUGGCGACAACAAAAUCAAAGAGCAACAGACACGACGCAAAGGUUAGCACCAAGCAUCCGAAAAGGCAAGAGGGGGGAACGGAGAAGCACGUCAGCAAGAAGCGUGAUGGCCGACCGUCAGGGGAUAAACAACGACCACGACCAUCGAGUGCCGCCCAACCGGCCGGACCAAGCGGGCCUGCCCCUACACCCUCGCGACCUCACGCAUCGUCGUCCCGAUCAUCGAAGUCAUCGAAGUCGACGAAGUCGACAGCUGUCGAUAAACGGAUAACCAACCCAUCACCCCGACUGAUCAUGCCGAAGCCUCACCGGCAGCCGUCCUCGACCGCCACCACCGACGGCCACCCACAGCCCAACCACAGGCGCGGCGUCCAUGGCGAGACCUACCCCGACCCCGCCGCCGGCUACGACGACGCCUACCUCCCCCCCAACGACGCCUACCGCUCCCCGAUCGAUGCCUACCUCUCACCCAACGACGUCGACGGAUACCCCAACGAUGUCGACGGAUACUCCAACGACGUCGACGGAUACUCUAACGAUGUCGAUGGAGUCGACGGAUACUCUAACGAUGUCGAUGGAUACUCCAACGACAUGGACGGAUACCAACCCUUCCCCCAGUCGCCCAACCCCCCAACCCACACAUCCGCCACCCACCGCACCGGCGGCGGCAGCAGCCGCCAGCACUACCGCUCCCGCGCCCUCGCCACCUUCGCCUCCCCCGAUUCGCCACCGGCCCCGCCGCCGCCGCCGCCGCCGUUGAGCGAAGCGGACCUGCGGGAGCGCAACCGCGCCGCCGCCAGCCGGUGCCGGCAGCGCGAGAGGGAGUCUGCGGAACGCCUGGAGCGCGAGGGCGCGGCGGCGACGGAGCGGCGCGACGAGCUGGCGGCGCAGGCGGCGCGCCUGCGGGGCGAGGCGAGCGAGCUGCGCGGGAUGCUGGGCUUGCACGUCGGUUGCGACUGUGUGCUUAUACGGCAGUAUCUGAGGAAUACGGAGAGGGUGGCGGCGGCGGUGGCGGCGGCGGCGGGUGGUGGUGAUGGUGGUGGUGGUGAGGAUGGGGAUGGGGAUGGGGAUGGGGAUGUGGAUGGCGAUGUGGAUGGGGAUGGGCAUGUUGCUGGUUGUCAUGCUGCUGCUGGUGGGUUUGGGAGGAGGGGAUGAGGUGAGGGAGGGUAGGUGGAUGGAGGGGGGGACGGGAGGGAGUGUAGUGGUGGUGGUUCGUCUCUUUUAUGGACAAUGGGUGGCGUGAUGUCCCCCGUUGACUAUGUCCAAAGGUUACUGAGGUAAGUCCCACCCUCCAUGCCCAGAACAUCCCCAUUCGUUGCUGAGACUGACGCUGGGGGGUUUGAGGAGGUGCUGUUCAUCGUUCGUUUAUAUACGAGUGGGCCAGGGGUGGCGAGACCCAGGCGCAUAGGUUGGUUGUAUAGAAUUCGAUAAGCUCGAUCUACGUUCCUUGGGAGACAAGG